GUCACUUCGGCGACACGCGGCGUUCAUUUUUUUUUCCUCUCAGGCGACUCCGCGUUUAGGACGGACUGGUGAUUUCUUUUAAAACAUUAUUGGGUUUUUUUUAUACGGAGAUACGUUAAUUCUCGACAACCAUGGCCGCAGCUGCUGCAAGUGGAAGAAAGCGACUCCUGAAGGAGGAGGAUAUGACCAAAGUGGAGUUUGAGACUAGCGAAGAGGUCGACGUUACGCCGACGUUUGACACGAUGGGCCUGCGUGAGGAUCUCCUCCGUGGGAUUUACGCUUAUGGCUUUGAGAAGCCAUCAGCAAUCCAGCAAAGAGCCAUCAAGCAAAUAAUAAAGGGGAGAGAUGUAAUUGCUCAGUCGCAGUCAGGUACUGGUAAAACGGCAACAUUUUGCGUGUCGGUGUUGCAGUGUCUGGACAUCCAGGUUCGUGAGACCCAAGCCCUAAUUUUGGCUCCAACUAGAGAACUGGCUGGACAAAUUCAAAAGGUUCUUCUUGCUCUGGGUGACUACAUGAAUGUGCAGUGCCAUGCUUGUAUUGGUGGCACAAACGUGGGCGAAGACAUUCGGAAGCUGGACUAUGGGCAGCACGUGGUAGCAGGAACACCUGGCAGAGUGUUUGAUAUGAUCCGCAGGAGAAGUCUGAGGACCCGUGCAAUUAAGAUGCUGGUUCUCGAUGAAGCUGAUGAAAUGCUUAACAAAGGUUUUAAAGAGCAGAUCUAUGAUGUGUACCGGUACCUGCCUCCUGCAACUCAGGUGGUUCUGAUCAGUGCCACCCUGCCACACGAGAUCCUGGAGAUGACAAACAAAUUCAUGACAGACCCUAUCCGUAUUCUGGUGAAGCGUGAUGAGUUGACGCUGGAGGGUAUUAAGCAGUUCUUUGUGGCUGUGGAGAGGGAAGAGUGGAAGUUUGACACACUCUGUGACCUGUAUGAUACUCUCACCAUCACGCAAGCUGUCAUCUUUUGCAACACCAAACGGAAGGUGGACUGGCUAACUGAAAAGAUGAGAGAGGCAAACUUCACAGUGUCAUCUAUGCAUGGAGACAUGCCACAGAAGGAGAGAGAGUCCAUCAUGAAAGAGUUCCGAUCUGGAGCCAGCCGAGUGCUGAUCUCUACAGACGUGUGGGCCAGAGGUCUAGAUGUGCCUCAAGUAUCCCUCAUCAUCAAUUAUGAUCUGCCUAACAACAGAGAGUUGUACAUUCACAGAAUUGGCCGAUCAGGGCGUUACGGCCGCAAGGGUGUGGCCAUCAACUUUGUGAAGAAUGAUGACAUCCGUAUCCUUCGUGACAUUGAGCAGUACUACUCAACGCAGAUUGAUGAAAUGCCAAUGAAUGUGGCUGAUCUAAUCUGAGGUGGUAAUGGGGGAGAAAAUCUGAGGAGCAUUUUGGUUUCAUCUGCAUCAUUUUAUUCCUACUUUUUUUGGGGUGGGGGGUGGGGGGUGGUGUUGUCUUUUUAUGUAGAUGGCGCUAGCCUAUAUGUUAUGGUGCGAGCAGUUUGCCUUGACUGAGCUUUUCAUCUUUUGAGGUUUUGUAAAUAAAGAAUCACCCGUUUCA